CUGACGCACUCCCACUCCCACGGGUGAACAGUGAAGGAUCAAUUAUCAGCUGCUCCUCGCAGGAAUCUCAAAGGAAUAUCAAACAGCAGCAGCUUCACUCAAACAUCAUGACCGAUAAAGAGGAUCCCAAAAAAGGGAGGAAAAGCAAAGGGACGAGUAAAGAGAUUUUUGGCUACCCGAUCAGCAUCUUCUUCAUUGUUGUGAAUGAGUUCUGCGAGAGGUUCUCCUACUAUGGCAUGCGAGCUGUCCUCGUGCUGUACUUUAAGUACUUCCUGCGCUGGGACAAUGACCUCGCCACCUCCAUCUAUCACACCUUCGUGGCUCUCUGCUACCUGACCCCGAUCCUUGGGGCCAUUGUAGCCGACUCCUGGCUGGGAAAGUUUAAGACCAUCAUCUACUUGUCCAUUGUCUAUGCGAUCGGCCAGGUUGCGAUGGCCGUCAGUGCAAUCCAUGACAUCACUGACGUAGACAGAGACGGGACACCAGACAACAUGACCUUUCAUGUUGCGAUGUCCAUGGUGGGGCUCUUCCUUAUCGCGUUGGGCACUGGCGGCAUCAAACCUUGUGUUGCUGCCUUUGGUGGAGACCAGUUUAGUGAGCAUCAGGACAAGCAGAGGAGAACUUUCUUCUCCGUUUUCUACCUGUGCAUCAAUGGUGGGAGUCUCCUGUCAACCAUUAUCACUCCCAUCCUCAGAGCUCAGGAAUGUGGCAUCUACACUAAGGAGAAGUGUUAUUCUCUGGCCUUCGGCGUCCCUGCAGCGCUAAUGGUGGUUGCACUUGUGGUGUUCAUCGUCGGAAGUGGUAUGUACUACAAAGCAGAACCGCAGGGAAACAUCAUGCUGGAUGUGUGUAAAUGUAUUGGGUUUGCCAUUUCAAAUCGCUUAAGGCACAGAGGCAAACAAUACCCAAAGAGGGAACACUGGAUGGACUGGGCAGAGGACAGAUAUGAUAAACUCCUCAUCGCUCAAAUCAAGAUGGUGCUGAAGGUCCUCUUCUUGUACAUCCCACUCCCGAUGUUCUGGACCCUGUUCGACCAAAAGGGUUCUAGAUGGACUCUGCAAGCCACCACCAUGGAUGGAAACUUUGGUGCUCUUGUUAUACAGCCAGAUCAGAUGCAGACUGUCAACCCCAUCCUGAUCCUGACUCUGGUGCCCAUCAUGGACAGUCUCAUCUACCCUCUGAUCCAAAAGUGUGGCGUGAACUUUACGCCUCUGAGAAGAAUGACAGUGGGGAUGCUUAUGGCAGCCAUAGCGUUUGUCUGCGCUGGCUUAGUUCAGAUUGAAAUUGAUAAAACCUUGCCCACCUUCCCGUCGGCCUCUCAGAGUCAGCUGAAAUUACUCAACAUGGGCAAUAGUCCACUGACAGUUAAUCUGACUGGCGUGGGUCCUAUUGAUCUUCCUGCAAGCCAGGCCAAUGACGAAUACGUCACAAUUGACGGAGACAAUGUCAUCAUUUCAAUGGUCGAUUUAGAGAAAAAAAUUCCACUGGCAAAGGGAAAACGACAAACGCUUCUCAUUCCUUCAAACACCUCUAAGGAAUGGCUGUUGACUGAUGACUUGAUUGCCAAGCCGGAACAAGGCAGCAAUGCAGUCCGAUUUGUAAAUGGAAUGGAUAGGACACUGAACAUUUCCACUCCUGAUGUUCACGUUGGCCUAAUUGGUUCAUCUCUUUAUUCUAACUACUCUCUGGUAAAAAAUGGAAAGAUCAUCUUCACCAUAAUGAGUACUUCACAGGCAUGUAAUUACUCCAGGGAGUUCGGAUUUGGAAGCUCAUAUACCUUCUAUAUCCCUGAGAAUUUGGUCAUUGGAACGAAUUGUCAGAACGGCAUAACUGCAACAGAAGACAUCAAGCCCAACACGGCUCACAUGGCGCUCCAGAUCCCACAGUACUUCUUCAUUACUGCUGGCGAAGUGAUGUUUUCUGUUACUGGUCUGGAGUUCUCCUACUCACAGGCGCCUAACAACAUGAAAGCUGUGCUGCAAGCAGGCUGGUUGCUAACUGUUGCUAUUGGCAACUUCAUCGUACUGAUUGUGGCUGAGGUUGCGAAGAUCCCAGAACAGUGGGCAGAGUACAUCCUGUUCGCCUCCCUCUUGAUCGUGGUGUGUGUCAUCUUCUCCAUCAUGGCGUAUUUCUACACCUACAUAAACCCUGCCGAAAUCGAGGCUCAGUUCAUGAAGAAAGGUGAUGACGAUGACGAGGACGAUAAAAAACAGCUACAGAAAGGGAUGGAGAUGGUCAGGAGAAACUCAACCGGAAGUCAUAGCGAUGAUGAUGAUGAUGAUGAUGAACGCAAAAAAACUAAAAUGUGAACAAAGCGGGUUAAUGUCCAGAAUACAUUCACAUCUGGUGUUUAACAUUGAUGUGAGGUAGAAUCGCCUAAUUGUGUGUGUGGGUGUGUUUCAAAUCUUUUAUAUUAUAAUCACCACACAACUAUUAUGGGUGAAGCACACAAAGCUCUUUAACAUUAUAUUGAAUACAACAUAUAUAUAUAUAUAUAUAUAUAUAUAUA